AUGAGGCCAAAAGGUCCACAAGAAGUGAUAUUAACUGGUACUUUUGAUAGUUGGUCAAGUUCUUUACCUUUAGUUAAAACUUCCAAAGGAGAUUUUGAAAUCACAUUACCUUUGAAAAAAGAACAACAACAAGAUGAUAAAGUUGAAUUCAAAUUCAUUGUUGAUGGGAAUUGGACAACAAAUGAUUCAUAUGAAACUAUUGAUGAUAAUGGGAAUUUAAAUAAUGUUAUUUAUUUGAAGAAUUUAGUUGAAUCAAAUUCAAAAGGUAGUAAAAUCCCUGAAGCUGGUGGAUUAACUGCUGGUAUUGCAGGUGCUGUUGGUGCAGGUGCUGCAGCAUUAGGUUUAUCAUCAACUUCAAAAGAUAAAGAUACUUCUUCAAAAGAUGUUAAUACUACAGUUUUACCAUCUCAAGAAGGUAAACAAGUUCAACAUCAAGGUGAACCAGGUAUUGCAAUCCCAUCAAAUCCUCAUGAGAUUUCUGCUUUCAAUGAAGUUAGAGAUGUUGAUGCUAAAGAAUUAAAUGCAAAAUUAAAUAAUGAAAAAGCUGAAAAAUCUGGUGAAGAUUUAAGUAAAAAAGAAGUUAAAGCUACAGUUUUACCAUCAAAUGAAGGUAAUCAUGCUACAAUUAAAGGUGAACCAGGUAUUGCAAUCCCAUCAGAUCCUCAUCAAAUCUCUGCUUUUAAUGAAGUUAGAAAUGUUGAUGCUAAAGAAUUAAACGCUAAAUUAAAUGGUGAAGAUAAGGAAAAUGAUUCAAAUGUUUUCAAAACUCAAGUUGAACCAAAUCAAGAAGGUAAACAUUCCACAAUUAAAGGUGAACCAGGUAUUGUUGUCCCCGAAAAAAAUGGUAAAGAUAUUGAAGAAUUUACACAAAUUCGUGAUGUUGAUUCCAAAAAAUUAAAUAAAGAUUUAAAUGAAUCUAAAAAUGAAGAAUCUGAAGAAUCCAAGACAAAAAUUGUUAAAGUUAAAAAAUUAAUUAGAAGAAAUAAAAAAACUGGUGAAGAAGUUGUUAUUUCUUCAACUCCAUUAGAAAAUGAUUCAAAAACUCUUGAUCCAAAAAAUUCAACUUCAAAUGAUAAAGAUUCAAAAGAUUUAGAUGUUAAAGAUACUACAGGUGGUGCAAGUGGUGUUACAAAAGAUUCAAAACCAUCAAUCACAACAACUUCAAAAGAUAAAGAAACAAAGGAAACAAAAGAAACAGAAACACCAAAGACUACACCAAAGACUAGUACUACAGGUACCACUGGUACUAAUGGAUCAAAACCAAAACCAAAACCAACAACUGAUUCUAAAAUUGAAAAAAAACCAUCAUUAUUCAGAAGAGUUAAAAAAGCUUUUGAAUAA